AUGGAAGACGCAUUUGACGGCGCUGUUGGCAUUGAUCUCGGUACUACCUACUCCUGUGUGGGUGUAUGGCAAAAUGAUCGAGUUGAGAUCAUCGCCAACGAUCAGGGUAACCGGACAACUCCUUCAUAUGUCGCAUUCUCUGCGGAGGAGCGUCUAAUCGGUGAUGCUGCAAAAAAUCAGGCUGCUAUGAACCCCCGCAACACAGUCUUUGAUGCCAAGCGUCUCAUCGGCCGUCGUUAUGACCUUGAUGACAUGCGAAAAAUUAGUGACCCCGACGUCAAGAAGGACAUGACUCACUGGCCUUUCGAGGUAGUAGAGAAGGAGGGUUCACCUUUGAUCAAGGUCAACUACCUUGGCGAGGAGAAGGUUUUCAGCCCUCAGGAGAUCUCGUCAAUGGUUCUCACUAAAAUGAAAGAGAUUUCGGAGGCAAAACUUGGCAAGACUGUCACCAAGGCUGUCGUCACCGUCCCUGCCUACUUUAACGACUCGCAACGUUUGGCAACUAAAGACGCUGGUACCAUCGCUGGCCUUGAUGUCCUCCGUAUCAUUAACGAGCCCACUGCCGCUGCCAUCGCGUACGGUUUGGAUCGUCAAUCAAAAGCGGAGAAAAACGUUUUGAUCUUCGAUCUUGGUGGAGGAACUUUCGAUGUCUCGUUGCUCAACAUCAGCGGUGGUGUCUUCGCAGUUAAGGCCACCGCAGGUGACACUCACUUGGGUGGUGAGGAUUUCGACAACACCCUCUUGGAUCACUUCAAGAAUGAGUUCAAGAGGAAGACGAAGCACGAUAUCUCUGAGGACCCCCGUGCACUCAGACGACUCAGAAGUGCUUGCGAGCGUGCCAAGCGCACCCUUUCGAGUGUCACCCAGACCACCGUUGAGGUUGAUUCAUUGUACCAGGGUGAAGACUUCUCUGCCAACAUUACUCGUGCCCGUUUCGAGGAGAUUAAUGCCGCUAUGUUCAAGUCGACCAUCGAGCCCGUCGAGAAAGUGCUCAAGGAUGCUAAGAUGCCUCGUGAGAAGGUCGAUGAUAUCGUUCUCGUUGGUGGAUCCACUCGUAUUCCCAAGAUUCAAUCUCUCGUAUCGGAGUACUUCGGUGGACGCCAGCUGAACAAGUCGAUCAACCCCGACGAGGCUGUUGCCUACGGUGCCGCUGUGCAGGCUGCUGUUCUCACUGGCCAGACCUCAGAAAAGACUGCGGACCUUCUCCUUCUUGACGUGGCUCCUCUCUCGCUUGGUGUUGCUAUGCAGGGCGAUGUCUUUGGUGUCGUUGUCCCCCGUAACACUCCCAUUCCCACCAACAAGUCGCGGACAUUCACGACUGUUGAGGACAACCAGACGACUGUCACCUUCCCUGUGUAUGAGGGUGAACGCACUCAGUGCCGUGAUAACCGUCUGCUUGGUGAAUUCGAGCUGACUGGUAUUCCUCCUAUGCCCCGUGGACAGGCUGAGCUUGUUACCACCUUCGAGGUUGAUGCCAACGGUCUCCUCAAGGUCUCCGCACAAGACCGAGCUUCUGGCCGCAAGGCAUCUAUCAGCAUCACCAACUCCGUUGGUCGUCUAUCGUCGGCCGAGAUCGACCAGAUGAUCAAGGACGCUGAGCAAUUCAAGCAGGCUGACAAGGAGUUCUCUUCACGCCAUGAGGCGAAGUCCGACCUCGAGGCUUACAUCCACCAGGUGGAAGGCACUAUCACCUCGCCUGAGAUCGGCAUGAAGCUUAAGCGUGGUGCCAAGUCUCAGGUCGAGACUGAGCUUGCCCGUGCACUUGAAAAGCUCGAGAUUGAGGACUCUUCAGCAGAUGAGUUGAGGAAGUCGCAGCUUGCCAUCAAGCGGGCACUUCAAAAGGCAACUGCUGGCAUCCGGUAA